UCUACGUCUGCAUGAUCUCCUCCGCGCACAACGUGGCGGUGCAGGGGAAGUACAUCGCCAUCGCCAGCACUACCGUGGAGACCGCGGACCCGGAGAAGGAAAUCAAGCCGGCCUUGGACCUCUUGGAGCCCAUUGAGCAGAAGUUCGUCAGCAUCAGCGACCUGUUCGCGCCGACCGACCUGGGAACCGAAAGCCAGAUCUUCAUUUCUCGCACCUAUGACGCCACCACCCACUUCGAGACGACGUGCGAUGACAUCAAAGAUAUUUAUAAGAGGAUGAUGGGCUCAGAGUUCGACUUCGAAGAGAUGAAACGCAAGAAGAACGAUAUCUACGGGGAGGAGGAGCAGCAGUAAUGAGAAACCUCUAAUUAGGAGAAACUUAAAUCGGCUAAUAUGAAUAUCUAAGGAACUUAAUGAACACUGUAUGAAAUUCAAUAUUGUAAGGCCUGCUUUUGUAAUCCCAUCUCUGAGAGAUUGAAGAGUGCUGCACUGGUCAUGUUCCCCUUUUGGAUAUCAUGUGUUAAUUAUCUCAUUCUAGCAGGGCUGCUGUCCAGAAUCUGGCAAAUUACUGACUGAGUUAAUGACUAACUUCGUUAAGCGAAAGGCAGACUUGAACCUUUUUUGUUUUG